AUGAGAGCCUUGGUGUGGAACUGUCAAGGAGUGGGGAGCCCCUUGACAGUUCCCCAUCUGAGGGAGAUGAAUAACCUCCUCUCUCCAAACCUUAUCUUCUUAAGUGAAACCAAAAAUAGAAAACCAGUAGUUGAUAGGAUAGCUAGGAGCCUGAGGUUUGAUAAUAGUGCAGUGGUGGAAGCUAUGCAUAAGGCUGGUGGGAUGGCCUUGCUGUGGAAGGAAGACACUCAAGUGGUUGCAGUGUACCAAACUGCUUUUACCAUUGAAGCCAAGAUUGAGGAUAUGAAACUCAAUUGUACUUGGUGGUUUAUAGGUGUGUAUGCGAGUUGUGAUGCUCAAAUCAGGAAGAAUCAAUGGGAGGUCCUUAAAGAGAGAAGCAGAUUGUGGGGAAGUAGAUUUUUUAUAGCAGGGGAUUUCAAUGAUAUUCUGUCUAAUGAGGAAAAGUGGGGUGGUGUGGCUAGAGAGGAGAGGAGCUUUAGAGACUUUAAGGAUUUCCUGGCUCAUAAUCAUCUGAUUGACAUUGGGUUCGAGGGUCAUCCUUGGACCUGGAGUAAUCACUGGGAUAAUGAUUGUGAGGUUAGGCAAAGACUAGACAGAUGUUUAGGAAGUAUGGAGUGGUACCAGACUUUUGAUAAGGCUAGCUGUCAGCAUAUUGACACUUACGCCUCUUACCAUACCUAUUCUGAAGAAGAAAAUUUCUGGAGCCAAAAAGCCAGAAUUAACUGGCUAAGAGAAGGUGAAAAAAACACCAAGUAUUUCCAUGCUCAUGUUAAAGGGAGGAGAUCUAACAAUAAAAUCAGAAAGUUGCAGAGGGAGGAUGGCUCGUGGACUGAGAAUGAGGAGGAAGUUGUUUCUGAGAUCUCUGAUUAUUUUCAAAAGCUUUUCACUUGUGGAGAUAGGAGGGAUAUGUCAGAGGUUCUAGAGGGUAUCCCCUGUUCCAUAACUCAUGAGAUGAAUGCAAAGCUAACUAAACCAAUAGAAAAGAAAGAGAUAAAAAAUGCACUUUUUUCCAUGCAGCCUGAGAAAGCUCCCGGACAGGAUGGUAUGCCACCCCUGUUCUUCCAAAGAUUCUGGAAUAUCCUUAAAGGAGACAUCAUUCCUGCUAUUCUCUCUUUCUUUAAUACUGGUCAUAUGCUUAAAUCGAUUAACCAUACUGUCAUCUCCCUUAUCCCUAAAUUUCUUCAUCCUACUUGCCUGAAAGAUUUUAGGCCAAUUAGCCUGUGCAGUGUGAUCUAUAAGAUAAUCUCUAAAAUUUUGGCUAACAGGCUAAAGCCUAUCCUAGACAUCUGCAUUAGUAAUACUCAAUCAGCUUUCAUUCCCGAUAGGCAGAUUCUAGACAAUGUCAUUAUAGCACAUGAGUAUAUGCACUACCUCAAAAAUAAAAGGCAAGGUUUGGAUGGAUACAUGGCUAUCAAGUUGGACAUGGCUAAAGCCUACGAUAGGGUAGAGUGGCAUUUUUUGCAGGCCGCCAUGCAGAAGAUGGGAUUCUGUUCCCAAUGGAUCAACUGGAUUACUGAGUGCAUGCACUCUGUUACUUACUCCUUCAACUGCAAUGGCGAAACCAAAGGGUACAUUUCACCAGGGAGAGGAAUAAGGCAGGGAGAUCCCUUAUCUCCCUACCUCUUCCUAAUUUGCUCUGAAGGUUUUUCAAGCCUGCUCAGAAGAGCUGAAGGAAGAAAUGAGGUAAAGGGGCUCAAAAUCAGCAGGCAAGGACCUACUAUCACGCAUCUCUUUUUUGCGGAUGACUCUCUCAUGUUUUGUAAGGCCAGCACCCAACAGGCUAGGGAAAUUAUGAAAAUUCUCAAGACAUAUGAAGAGGCUUCAGGUCAGCUGAUUAAUCUAGAUAAGUCUGCUGUUUUUUUCAGCAAAAACAUCCCUCUAGAGCAAAUGAGGGAAGUAUGUUGUGCUCUAGGUGGAAUGGGGGAAAUGGCACAAGGAAAGUAUCUAGGCCUUCCAAUGGUGAUAACCAGGACAAAAAAUCAAGUUUUUGGCUUCAUCAGAGAAAACAUUCGAAGGAAGCUCCAGUGUUGGAAGAACAAACUGCUAAGUAGUGCAGGCAGGGAGGUCAUGUUGAAGGCUGUCUCUAUGGCAAUGCCGACUUAUGCCAUGUCUUGCUUCAAACUGCCAAGGAAGCUAUGCAAAGAUAUCACUGCAUCAAUGGCCAACUACUGGUGGGGUGAGACGAAUGGAAAAAGCAAGUUACACUGGCUGUCUUGGAAAAAACUGGCAUUGGAUAAAACUGAUGGGGGGUUGGGUUUCAAGGAUAUAGAGGCCUUCAACAAAGCUUUGUUGGGGAAACAGAUUUGGAGGAUAUUAACCAAGCCCAACCUCCUCCUUAGUAAAGUCCUCAGAGCUAAGUACUUCCCCAAAGAGUCCAUUUUCAGGUGUAAAGCUCAGAAGAAUGUUUCUUGGUUCUGGCAAGGGCUUCUAGGAGUCAGAAGCUUUAUAGAAAAAGGUGUCAUUAGGAGGAUUGGGAACGGAAGGAGCACAAGCAUCUGGGAACAUAAAUGGAUCCCAGGAACACCUACUGGCAAGCCUACUACCCCAAGGCAAGGUAACAAUUCACUAAAGAUGGUGCAGGAGCUCAUCAGCCGUAAGUGCUGGAAUAGAAACGUCAUUUUCAGUAUGUUUAACCAAUUUGAUGCAGAGAGGAUCUUGAGUAUUCCGAUAAGCCUAGUAGGCAGGGAGGAUAGCUACUUCUGGCAACAUAACGGGGGAGGUUGUUAUUCGGUCAAGUCAGGAUACAAUUUUCUCAUGAAGGAAAGGGACAGUGAUGUGAAGGCAAAUGCAGAAACAGCUGGGCCAAGCAUAAGGGAGGGAAGUCAACAACUGAAGCAGAUGUGGAACACCCUUUGGAGCUUAAACAUAAAACAUAAGAUUAAGCUUUUUAUAUGGAAAUGCAUUACAGGAGCAUUGCCAGUGAGGGAAGCCAUCUUUAGAAGAACAGGAAUGGGUGAUCCAGUUUGCAGAGCCUGUGGGGAAGGCCAGGAGACAGUGGAACACCUCCUAUUAAACUGCCCAAGUACUUUGGAUAUAUGGAAGGUGGCCCCAAUUCAAUGGGAUGGAGUUAGUGAUCGGCAAGGAGAUUUCAAACGAUGGUGGUGCAAGAUAUCAGAGGCGAAAUUAAGACCAGAAGGAGCUCAACAUAUAGGACUAACUGCAAACAUUUUGUGGCAAGUGUGGAAAGAAAGAAACAAACAGGCUUUCGAAGGUCAAAACAGAAGGCCACCAGUGAGAGUAAUGAACAAGGCUCAGCAGGAGUGGUUGGAACAAGAGGAGCUAAGGCAAACCAAGGACAGAAGGAGCACAGAAGAAACAGCUUCUAAUCAGACAGUGCAGCACCCAGAGACGGAAGAGAAGGAGUCCAUAGUCCUUGAGGUAUUCCCGACAAGUCAGUAA